AUGUCUGCUGCAGAACCUUGGGAAUAUCCUGAACAUAAAACAUUUGAACGUGUUCCUUCUUUGGAACAAGUUGAUCCUAAUGACCAUAAAGCUGUUUAUGCUGCACGUAACCAAAAAAUCCGUGAUGAUUGGGUUAAAGUUAUGGAAGCUCGAUUAAUAAAGGAAAAAUUAGACGAAUGUUAUAGAACUGAAGGUGUCAAUCACUAUCAAACAUGUCGUGAAUUGGCUGAUAUGUACUUUGCCACAAUUAAGACACAUAAAGUAGAAGGUUUUCGUAAACAUACAUAA